AUGCGGCAGCCACCCAGCCCAGCACCAUCAGAGGACUCAGGGGACGAAGCCGACAUCAGGGCAAUACUUACACAACUGCCCUCGAAGAAGGACCUCACAGAAAUGUUUCAGAAACUGGAGAACUCUUUUAGUGAGAAACUGCAGGCAGUCACUGAGGACGCCCAGCAUCUAGGCACCAGAGUGCAAACUCUGGAGGAUGCCGAGGAAACAAAUGAACGCCUAUGGAUGGAAUGUCACACUACACAAAACCAACAUACAGAUGCCAUAGUCUACCUCCAAAGAAAAUUUCAGGAUGUAAUUACUCCAGAAUUGCUCUUUAUCCAUCGCUCUCACUCUGUAUUCGGAGUUGUCUAUAUUUGCAUUUCAUUUUAUGAAUACAACUCUUUUCUCAUAAAUCACAUGCAGUAA